AUGCGUUCCGCUAUCAUCCUCGCUGCCGUUGCCGGUGCCAUGGCCAAGCCCGCUCCUUCCGCCUACGACACUACCACCUGCACCACUACCACUUGGCAGACAACCACCCUCUCGGUCCCCACCAAGCCCACCUACACUGCCUGGACCAAGGUCCCCGUCGCCUCUGCUUCGGCUUCCGCCUCCAAGCCCGUCAAGGCCUCCAGCGCUUCUUUGAUCAAGCCUACCGUUGCCCCAUCCGUCCCCGUCGGCAACGGAACCCGCCCCACUACCUCCACCAGCGUUCCCAGCUACACUCCUCAGCCUGCCAAGCCCAACUCCGCCAACGUCAUCGUCGGCUCCAGCUUCCUCGCUGCCGUCGCUGCCGCCGUCGCUUUCCUCGCCUAA